AUGGCAGACGCGCUCUCGACGGAAAUCCUCUCCGAUUUCGCGAGCAGCAACAGCACGUCGUCGUCGUCGCAAACGCACGAUUUAGCCAACUUCCGGUUAGAAUGGAUCCCGGAUUUAAUGGAGAAACUCUGCGCAAAACCAAUCCGAGCGAAAGAUUUCGUGUCCAUAAAAUUCGUCAUCGGCGCCGGGAAGAAACUUCGGCAGAAAUACAACGAGGAGAACUUGAAAGUGAUGACGGAGAGUUUGAGAAAGUUUGAGUUCGAGGAAGACCGAGGCGCGAGCGCGUGCAAAGAGUGUCAGAGAUGCUACAAGUAUCAGCACGAUACGGAUAAAGACUUGAAGUAUUUGCACGUGUUUCCUGAGGUUUUGAUUGUAGAAGAGGAGGCGAAGAUUGAGAAGAACGACGUGGUCGACGAGGCGGGGCGGAGAACGACGCCGGAGAUGUUGUGCGCAAAGGCGAGUUUAGAGGAGUUCGAGGAGCUGUUGGAGUAUAACGUGCCGUCGUUUUCGCAAAAACGAGCGCUUUUGAAGCGGUUGAAAGCGUAUAAAGGGAUCAUCGAUCAGUGCGAUCAAAAGUUGAGCAAUAUGGAGAGUCUGGCGGAGGAAGAGCAGGAGAUGUACGACGCCGUGUGCGAGAUUGAGAAUAAAAUCGAGUUAGUGGAGAAGCAGUUGGAAGAGAUGAUACGAGAGGGAAGGUUAACUGCUGGCGAGCAAUCGGUGAUGGUGGAGGAGUUGACUGGGAAGUUGAGCGAGUUGGACGUGGCGAAAACGAAAGCCGAGGAAGAGAAGAAAGAAAAUCGAAUGAAACAGAUUACGAAAUUGGAAGAAAAGGUGGUGGAGAAAAUAGACACUAUUAAAUCGAAAAGACCCAUCGUGUAUACGAUUGAACACGCCGAGGAGCUCGCAGACUUGAAGGCACAGGUGAGGAAAUUAAAAGCGUUGGAGAAUAAGAGCGGAUUGAGGACUGCGGCGGAGGUUGGAAGGUUGGCGAAGUUGCCGGGACUGAUCGAUAGGAUCGAGCAAAUCGAAACCGAAGAUAAAGGGUGGUUCGAGGACGAGUGCGCGACGUUAUUAUUCGGGGAAAAGAUUGAACCGGCGGUGAAAGAGAAAAAGAAAACAGCGACGGGAGGAGGGAACCCACCCAGAGGUGGUGGCGGGGGAUGGAUUUCUAAAGCGGCCAGCUCGAGCAGUAGAAAAAAAACAUCGAGCGGCAGCGGAGGGGUGAAGAAAGCUUCGAACCCUUUUGAUUUGCUCGGUGACGAAUAA